CCCCCUUUUCUUUUUCUGUCUCUCUCUCUCUCUCUCUCUCUCUCUCUCUCUCUCUCUACUGUAUUAUUCAUUGCAGUGUCACAUGGUGUGGGGGUUUACAUCAUCUUUUCCCAAAAGAGAGAUGCAAUGGUUAACUCUUGAAUUUCUCCUGUCUGCUUUGAUCUGAGGAGUCUUUUGUUACAGCGUGUGCUCCGACAUUGUGUUCUCUUUUCUUCUAUUUUUUUUUAACUGUAUAAGAUGCAUUUUGUGUUAUAUUUAGAUAUGCAUAUCCUACUAUCAUUGGAUAUGAAAUAUAUGCAUUCAUAUUCUGAACAAUUGCUAGCUGUGGCCACAAAAACAUAUAUCAUCCCUGAGAAUGGCCGCUUCUAUAAUAAAACUGAGGAAUUAAAAAACUGGCGGAACUAGUGUACAGUGGCGCCAUGUCCCUCUUCGGACUGUUUAUAGAGAAGGACAUAUGCUUAGUUUGCGUCGGUGCUGAGCUAUGGCUUCCCUUAACUGGUCUGGAUAACAUACACAUUCCUACUGCACCGUUUUAUAACACCAUAAUGUUACAUUUUGUCAACGAUGAUUGAGAAAUAUGGCCGAGGACGAACUUGUUGCGUUCAGGAAGCGUUGGAAACAAGAGUUAACGACUAAAAAAAAGGAGCACCCACUUGUUUGUGCUCCUUCCCCCUCCUGUGAUGUUCCAGGUCAGUCCGGCCAGAGAGACUGUAAAAACAGGUAUUUUGAAGAUUCGAAAGAAAAUCUCAACAAGGACUGUAGUGCUUCAAAACCAGUAGUGGAUAGUGGUUGUACUGAGGAUGAAGGGCGCGUUGGAAGAGGAGGAAAAGCUGCAGCAGAGUCAGAGGAUCAGCCAGAUUAUGUGUCCAUUGCACAUAGUUUGCUGGACGGGAGGACCAGUCCCCUGCUGGACAGGAUUCAGGAGGAGAGGACCAGGAGAAAGAGACAGUAUCAUAACAUAACUCAUGCCUGCAGCACAUCCCUGCAGCUGCAGCAGCAACCUCAGAGGAAGGUCAAGAAAGACGAGGAGCUGCUGGAUCAACUCAUUCAAGAUCUGAAUGAAGUCAAUGACAUUCCCUUCUUCGAUGUUGAGUUGCCGUACGAGUUGGCUUUGAAGAUAUUCCAGUAUCUCAACUGUACUGAGCUGGGCAGAUGUGCGCAGGUGAGCAGGGCAUGGAGAGUCCUCGCAGAGGACGGCGUUCUGUGGUUCAGGAUGUGCACGAGGGAGGGUUAUCACCGGGAUGCCGGCGUGUCUGACUCUCCCUGCUGGAAGAGCACGCUGCGUGACUGCAGGAGUUCGGCCAAAACAGUGUGCUCCAACUGGAAGAACCGAGUUGGAUCCAUCAGCCAGCUGCAGUUCGAGCUGGGGAAGGUGCUGUGUGAUGUCAGCUCCUGUGACAGCUUUGUUUUGGCUGGGUACACAUCUGGUGAUGUGAGACUGUGGGAUACACUGCACUGGGACUCAACUGCCUCUUACCUGAAGCCUAACAGCCUGUCAACUAACUCUGACCCCAGACCUUAUGUUAGUCACGUCCAGGUCAACAGCACAGUGGCUGCUGCUGCUUAUGAAGACGGCUGCGUGGACCUGUGGAGCACAGAGACCGGUGGAGAGCCCAUCCACCACUACCAGAGCCCAGUGAGGGUCCAGGCCCUGGCCCUGAGCCCCGACAGUCCUGUCUUGGUCUCCGCAGCCGGACCUGAUAUUCGGUUGGACCGUGCCGACGAUUGUGGGUACUGGAGGACUCUGUGCCAGGCUCAGCUACCCAAAACUGUAGAGAGUCUGGUUUUGGUGCCUGGCAGGGGGCAGCAGUGCCCGCUGGCGGCCGCGGCAGCAGGAGAGACUGUGUACCUAUUGGACGACCGGGAGGAGGAGCCACGGACGCUCCACUCAGUCUAUGGUCAUCCUGUUACCUGCUUGGAUGCCUCUGACUCCCAUGUUGCACUUGGAGUGAAGAGCACGGGCUGGUCCAUGCACGAUGGAGGAAACAAGAUCCACGUCUACAACCUAGAGACGGGCAAGCCUGUGGUUUGUGUCGGCAGCUCGCCGGGAGAUUUCACUUGCAUCAACUUGAGAGACACCCCAGCUCACCUGCUGGUGUGUGGAAACAAAGACAGGAGGGUGAGGGUGUUUGACCUACGAGCUGGCUCCUCCGUGGCGUCCCUGUACGCCCACCACCUGGGUGUCACCUCGGUGCAGGCGGACGACUGGAAGAUCGUGAGCGGCGGAGGCGAAGGAUUGGUGUGCGUUUGGGAGAUGAGGAUGGGAGCGAAGCUGUGGGAGAUGCACAACAGGCAUCCUGUCAGGCAUGUGCGCUUCAACACCAGCACCCUGGUAACAGCCAACAUCCCCGAUGACAAGUCACCGCGGGGGGCCUGCAUCACAGACGAUGACCUUACAGCUCACCGCAGACACCGGGGAGUCAUCUGCCAUUACGACUUCUCUGAGAAUGCUCUGUCACAGGAUCACAUCCUGCCCAUCUGCAGGUCCAACUUCACUGAGUCCUACGGCUACAACUACAACAUCGGCCUCACGGUGCCUUAUGACAGGCUGUCUGGUUCCCAUUCAUCCCACUGACAUGCAGUUCUCCAAACUGCAACUGGGCUCAGUGUGUGACCGAACGGAUCAGUUAGAUUCUCCAAACUGUCCUUUUAUUUUAUUACUUUCCUUUUAUCAUCAUCGUUAAAUCAAGCUUUUCGGAAAUGUAACAUUUCGUUGUAUAUUACCUGUAACUGUUGCAAAAGUAUUUGUAAUUUUCAAUGUUGAAUACAGCUGCAGAGAUGUUGCACAGCAUCAUCACAGUUUUUAAACCAAUACUGUAAAAUCUAUGAAUUUUUAAUUGUUCGGCUUCCUGGAUUUGAUUCAGUGCCGCUGUGCAACAUCACAGCAAUAAAAAAAUUCAUAUUUCUACCUCA